CCGGCAGCGAGGCCCGGCUGGUGGCUCCGCUCCGCUCCGCUGCGGGAGACGUUUCUCUGCUCGCCAUGGCCGCCUCCGCGGGGCGCAGGGUCCCCCUGGCGCUGGGGCUGACCGGGCUGGCGUUCGCCCUCUGCGGCCUCGUCCUGCUCUUCGUCCUGCCCAGCAUAGUCCGGGACCAGGUCAUCAAGAACGUGAGGAUCGAUCCCAAUAGCAUUGCCUUCAGUAUGUGGAAAGACAUUCCUGUUCCUUUUUACCUGUCAGCCUACUUCUUUGAGGUGAUGAAUCCAAAAGAGAUUCGUCUGGGAGCCAAGCCUGUGGUGAAUCAGCGUGGGCCUUAUGUUUACAGAGAAUACAGGUAUAAAACCAAUAUAACUUUCCAUGACAAUGGUACAGUUUCCUUCCUGGAAUACCGGAGAUUUUACUUCUGUCCAGACCUCUCUGAUGGGAUGGAAGAGGAUUACAUUGUUGUGCCAAACAUCCUUGUGAUGGGCGCAGCCAUUAUGAUGGAGAAGCUACCUCACUUUUUGAAGGUGGUAAUAAGUGGCGCACUGGCUGGCUUGGGACAGGACGCUUUUAUGAACCGAACCGUGGGAGAGAUCAUGUGGGGCUACGAUGACCCGCUUAUAGACGUGCUGAACAGUUUUGUGCCUGGUUUGAUCCCUUUCAAGGGGAAGUUUGGCUUAUUUUUGAAUUUUAACAACUCGAAUACAGGACUGUUCACUGUGUAUACUGGGGCCACAGACAUCAAUCAAAUCCACAUAGUGGAUACAUGGAAUGGAUUAAAAAAGGUGAAUUACUGGCGCUCCAAUGAGUGUAACAUGAUCAAUGGGACUUCUGGAGAGAUGUGGCCUCCUUUCAUGACCCCUUCCUCCUCGCUAGAGUUUUAUAGUCCUGAUGCCUGUCGAUCCAUGAAGCUAGUGUACGAGCAGUCUGGAGUAUUUAAAGGGGUGCCGACCUAUCGAUUUGUGGCUCCGAAGACUUUAUUUGCCAAUGGAACAGAUUAUCCACCAAAUGAAGGCUUCUGCCCCUGCAGGGAAUCUGGAAUCCAGAAUGUCAGCACUUGUAGAAUGAAUGCACCAGUGUUCAUAUCCCACCCGCACUUCUACAAUGCUGACCCUGUCUUGGUGGAAGCGGUCGAUGGAUUACAUCCCAAUAAGGAGCAGCAUGGGCUCUUCCUUGACGUUCAUCCGGUCACAGGAAUUCCAAUGAACUGCUCAAUCAAGCUGCAACUGAGUCUGUAUAUAAAGAAGGUCUCUGGCAUAAGUCAAACAGGACAGAUUGAGCCGGUUGUCUUGCCUCUACUUUGGUUUGCAGAGAGCGGAGCCAUUGAAGGUUCAGUCUUAAAGCAGUUCUACACCAACCUGGUACUGAUCCCAUCUGUGCUGGAGUACGUGCAAUAUAUCUGCAUCGGUCUAGGUGUCGCUUUGAUUGUUGCUGCCAUUGUACUGGAGGUAAAGAGACAGAGAAACACCAGAGAGACGAGCCUGCAAGAGCCAGACCCACAGACUGAACCCCCUUGGUCUUCAGAAACAACACCACUCCUUCAAGACGCUAGUAAAACAAACCAGAAUGACGACGCUGAAGCCUGAAGUGCCAAUCUCUUACAGGAGGGUGAUUCCCACUGGUGCCUGACUGUGCUUAGGGAUCAGACUCACUCUGGGUCCAUUGGUAGGAUCCUAGAAAGGAGAUGCAGAGUUGGAUAAAAUAACUGAUUCUGAACUCUCUUGAGAGGCACAAAAUCAUCUCCGAGGCUAUUGAACUGUAUUGCCACAGCUCUUGCGUCCUGCACCAAGACACGAGAUGAGGAUAAAACCACUUCAGUCCUAGCAUUUGAAAUACAAAAUAUUCAACAUUUGUUGGCCUGGGGCUGGCAUGGGCUGAGACCUCUCACCUGCUACUUCCAGCCUGGUAGGGAUGAAGAAUACCUGCUGGCUAAUCCCCUGAAGUCCUUUCCUCGCCCACAUAGUGUCUUUCCACUUAGAAGACGAGAAUCCUAAAAGAAAUAGGCACUUUAAAGCAAACAAGGUUUACCUGUGGUGUAGCAGUAACUGGUUUAUUUACAAAAAUGUCUAUUUAACAACCUGUGCUGCUCAGGCUUAUGGAGAGGUGCUUACUAAAUAAAUCUACACUGGCUGAAGCUCACGUCCAUUCAGGAGGCUAACACUAAUCUGAGAACUGGAUGGGAUGGAUUCAUUUGCUCAAGUUCACUGAAUGGAAAUGAGUUCUCAUGUGCCCCACAUCUUAAGAGACGUAUGCUGCCAACGUGUUUAAUAUACUAGUAUUAGGCUAGGCAGCCAUGUGCAGGUGUAAGAGUCAAGGUUGUGAUUGCUGUUCUGGAGGGGUGGUGCUCUAGACUGAAGGCUCGCUCAUCACUACUUUAAAGCAUAGUGGGUUUUUCCAAAAUGAGCAACUUGGUUCAUCUGGCUAGUUGGUUCCAAGUGCCAUUGUUUAGACACGCGGCAGUGGCUCUCAUUUGAUUUCUGCCAAAGAAAUAUUGUUUAGCUCCCUGGCUAUCCCACCUGCACUUCUGUGGUACACUCAUGCAGAAGCCACUGACUCUUUUUUUUAACUUUACAAGUCUUUAGUUUUUUCCCUGGAUUUCAAAUUAAUCGAAGCUCUUCUAUCUACCCAGAGCCAACCAGGUGCAUUGCCUUGUUCCACACAUGACCUCAG